UUUAUUUAUAACCCUAUACCCUUCAAGCCCUGAAAACACAAAACAUUUGUCUUCUCUCUGUUUCCUUCUUUCUCUCGAGGUUUUCGUAUCAUCAUUCUCCUUCUCUCUACUACCCAACCAUACUUAUAAAACUAUUUAUAUAAACAAAAACGAUCGGUCUUGUUGGAGUUUAUCUCGUAAACAAGACCGUUCGUUAAGUUUUUUGUUAUAUAAUCCGAUAUUAAAUUGAUAGAGAGGUUUCAAUAUUGUUGAAGAGUAUAUACAUGGCUCCGGUCUCGUUGCCUCCAGGUUUUAGGUUCCAUCCAACGGACGAAGAACUAAUCACUUACUAUCUCAAGAGAAAGAUCAACGGCCAAGAGAUCGAGCUAGAGAUUAUCCCUGAAGUAGACCUCUACAAGUGCGAACCAUGGGACUUGCCAGGGAAGUCACUGAUUCCUAGCAAAGACCAAGAAUGGUUCUUCUUCAGCCCACGGGACAGAAAGUACCCCAAUGGUUCAAGGACAAACCGGGCAACAAAAGGCGGUUAUUGGAAAGCCACAGGCAAAGACCGGCGGGUGAGUUGGAGAGAUCGAGCCAUUGGGACCAAGAAAACAUUAGUUUACUACCGUGGACGUGCCCCGCAUGGUAUUAGAACUGGUUGGGUCAUGCAUGAAUAUCGCCUCGAUGAAUCCGAAUGCGAGCCUUCUGCAUUUGGCAUGCAGGACGCAUAUGCACUCUGUCGCGUGUUUAAGAAAAUAGUGAUUGAGGCGAAACCAAGGGAUCAACAUCAGCAGCAGCAUCAACCUUACGUCCACACGAGCUCGAAUAUAAGUGGUAGCUCGAGUUUUGACGUUUGUUCAGAUCUUGAAAUAAGUUCAAACACACCUUAUAAUACCGCUGCCCAUAUCCAACCGCGAUUUGGAAACGCAAACGCAAUUAGUGAUCAUGAUGACUGGUCGCAGUACUUGUCACAAAACAUGCCUACAAGCUUUUCAGAUUACGGAUCUCCUUAUGGACCAUACCUCACUCAAUCAAAGGUGAAUACAGAAGUGCAAUGUGAGAUGUUUCAACACCAAAUGUCAUUGCCACCAUUGCGAGUAGAAAACUCGCAGGCUCAAACCAGCGAUUUCUCCAAGAGACUACAUCAAAACAGUGGUCAAAGUGGGUUCGACGACUUUACUUUCGCUGCAAGUAACUCCAACCAAUUCUACAACAGCAACGUUGAUGAUCAUUUGAUACACAUUGGAAAUCUUGACGAGCAGAGUUAUAUAGAAGAACAAGAAUUGAUUUUGCCAAGUUUCCAGAGUAAUGAUCAAGAUCUUGAACUUUAUGGCGGAUCUCGGACCAAUACAAUAGACAACAUAGAGAUCGACGAUUUUUUCUCGUUUGAGAACCAAGCACAAGACAACGACAACUCAAACGUAACCCCAAACUCGGCAGGAUUCGAAAUGAUUGGAGAAGAGAUUAUAGUAAACCAUAAAAUGCUCAUUAGUACACGGCAGACUACGGAGAUUUUAUACUAUCAAGUGGUACCGUCGCAGAUAUUGAAAAUUCACAUAAAUCCGGUUCAUGGAAAUGAAGAGAGAACAAUGUUAAUGGAAGAAGACAGUGAUGAUUCUUGGUUCCAGAAGGCUGAAAAUGUUGCGAAGAUGAAACUGAAACAGAUUAGUUUAGUUGCAAAACGUUAUUACAAAUGUCUUACUAUUAUUUUCUGAUUUAUGUAUUUCAUUAUUUAUUGUCGUAUACUAACCCCCUUUUGGAAUGAAGAGAGGAAAAAUACAUAUACUCAAUUACUUGUAUACUAUAUAGUUUGAUUUCACUGUCAUUGUUAAAUAAGUAAUCUUUGCUAGUUAC